CUGGCAAACUGACUGCUGUACCCAUAGACAUAUAUACAUAUAUGUAUAUAUGAAUAUAUGUCUAUGGCUGUACCUGGCUUGCCUUGCUAAUCACUAAUAAUUCGAGGUAAACUUUAGAGGUCGAUUCGGAAAACAUGGCAUCUGGAUCUGGACCGGGGAUGGAGAGGACAGCAAGUUAGCAAGGAGGAUGCAUUUUGGUCAUUGUGCUAACCAGGAGGAUGUCGUCCCCCUUGUCCUUCCUCAGAUUGCCUACUGCUAAGGUGGGUGUUUGUCAAUGAAAAGGCCUACCAGGUGAGAGACACAGCCAUUGAAUCCUCAGUGAUGACAAAGGUCAAAGGUUUUGGAAUCUACAAUAACAAGGUCAUGGAUGUUGCCGACUACGUCACUCCCACACAGGGAGCUUCAGUCUUCUGCAUCAUCACAAAAAUGAUCACGACAGAGAACCAAGUCCAAGGAUACUGUCCUGAGAGUGAGAAGAAGUAUAUUUGUACCAAGCAAAGUGACUGCACAAGGCUUCUCAACAAGCCAGGAAGUUAUGGAAUCCUGACAGGGAACUGUGUUCCUUUCAACGCCACCAUCAAAAUGUGUGAGAUAAAAGGAUGGUGUCCUGCCGAGAUCGACACCAUCAAGACUACGCCAAUGAUGGAAGUGGAGAAUUUCACCAUUUUCAUUAAGAACAGCAUCCGCUUUCCAACCUUCAACUAUACCAAGGGGAACUUCCUUCCCACCAUCACUGAUGAUUACAUCAAAAAAUGUAACUUUGACAAGGUCAACAACACCUACUGCCCCAUCUUCAGAGUUGGAGACGUGGUCCGCUACGCACAGCAGAACUUCACUAAACUGGCAGAUAAGGGAGGAGUGAUUGGAAUAAAGAUCGGCUGGGUAUGUGAUCUGGACAAGCCCGAUGACCAGUGUAACCCCUCGUACUCUUUCAACCGCCUGGAUGCCAUGUCACAGAAGAACGCUGUCUCGCCAGGCUACAAUUUCAGGUUUGCCAAAUACUUUAAGAUGGAGAACGGCACAGACUACCGCACUCUUGUCAAAGCCUAUGCCAUCAGGUUUGAUGUUCUGGUCAAUGGAAAUGCAGGGAAGUUCAACAUGAUCCCUACACUUAUCAACAUGGUGGCAGCCUUCACAUCAGUGGGAGUGGGUACAGUGUUGUGUGACAUCAUACUGCUGAACUUCCUGAAAGGAGCCGAGCAGUACAAGGCCAAGAAAUUUGAAGAGGUGUCAGACAACCCGCUGGAUUCCCCAAGCAAUGGGUUGUACCGCUCCCAGCUGUCACUACGACAUAACGAAACCAUCAUGAGGUCCAGUGACUCGGGGGCAUUUUCUAUUGAACAUUAUAGCUAAAUGGACAGGAGCAUCAGCCAAUGGUUUGGGAGGAGUGGACUGAGGAUGACAGAUGUGGGUUGGAUUUCUCUAAAAAUGUUAAAAGUUUUAUCGAUUUCAAACAUGCAGGUCUUUCACUCUUUAUUUAAUACCUCAACAUUACCAAUUUGUUUAUGUCAAUGUCAAAAAAAUCUGAAGAUCCCUGACUCGCUGCUAUGUAAUCCUUAAAUUCACAGAACAGCUGCGGUCAAUGACAAACAGUUAUAUCUAAAAUAAAAGUAUCUUUGCAUGACGACACUUUUGGCGUGUGACGUUGGCUCAGGAUUUACCGGGCAAGAAGAAAACAUUGAAAUUAAACCUGAAAAAGAUUUCAUGUCUGAGCUCUCUGUACUUGUUUUGUACCUUGCAUUGAAACUACUAUAAUGCACCACAACUGAUGAUGGCCUUUGUGAAUUGAAUCACUUGCUUGGCCUUCUUUAAUAGCUCUACUGUGGUUUAUAUUCUAAUAGUUUUACUCUGUGUAAUGGAGCUGAAUCGUGGUUUGGUUUGAUAAAAGUAGCCAUUUUGUCUCUGAUGAUAACAAGCUGGAUAAAGCCACAGCAGUCAUGGCGAGCAUGCUAUUUCUUAUGUAUGUUUAUGUGUCCUUUUGUGUUGGAUAUAUGUGC